GAGAGAACGAUAAGUGGUCUCGAUCAUCAAUUCAAUUGCGAAUUUAUAUUAUUUAGUUAAAGAACACACAGACUGUUGAAGUCAACCAAACAACAGAUGAAAAGAUUACCCUCACAUUAGUCAAUUGGCCGGCAACGCAUACACAUCACUAAAAUGGUCAUACGUUCCAUUCUAAUUUUUGCUCUAUUUGUGAGCUUUGCAAUAUUCAAUUCGGCAGAGGGAGCUAAAAUUCUUUCCAUAUUUCCCUAUUCGGGGCCAUCACAGUAUAUUUUUAUUUCGCCCCUGCUAAAGGCCUUGGCGGAAAGGGGCCAUGAAGUCACAUCCAUAUCGACAUUUCCCCAAAAGAAACCACUGAAGAAUUUCCGUGAUGUUGUUGUUAUGGAAAAUAGCAAAAUUUUCGAUGAGAUGGUAACCGAGUUGGCGGCCGGUGAGGGUGCAGAAAAAUCAUUUUUCGAAGAAUUUAUGGAGCUCAGCAAUGUCCCCUUAUGUCCCAAUAUGAUUGAGGUUGGUGGUUUACAUAUUAAACAAAAACCCGAUCCAUUGGAAGAAGAUUUACAGAAGUUCCUAGACAACUCACCGGAGGGUGUAAUAUACUUUUCCAUGGGCUCGAAUGUCAAGAGUAAAGAUUUACCCCCACAAACUCUGAAGGACAUUUUGAGUACCUUUGCAGAAUUGAAAAUAAAAGUUUUGUGGAAAUUCGAACUGGAAGAAUUGCCGAAUAAACCGGCCAAUGUUGUCAUACGCAAAUGGUUUAAUCAACCCUCCAUAUUGGCCCAUCCCAAUGUGAAGCUUUUCAUUUCCCAUGGCGGAUAUUUAAGUACCACCGAAACCAUAUUUCAUGGAAAACCCAUUCUGGGUGUACCAGUGAUGGGGGAUCAAUUUAUGAAUGUUAAAAAUUCAGUGAAGGCUGGUUUUGCCUUGCGUCUGGAUCUAAGGUCUCUUACAAAGGAGAAAUUCAAGCAGAACAUCCAAGAACUGUGGACAAAUCCCAAGUAUUCGAAUGCUGUUAAGAAAUUGUCGAAACGUUUCAGAGAUCAACCUUUGACACCCAUUGAAACUGCAAUCUUUUGGGUGGAAUAUGUUCUGAGACAUGAUGGCGCUUCGCAUAUUCGCAAUGCCGGUCAAGAUUUGUCAUUUUGGCAAUAUCACAAUAUUGAUGUGUACGUAAUCUUAUCAAGUUUUAUUGUUGUUGUGUUUGUACUGAUGGCUGUUUUUAUUAGCUUCGUAAAGAAAAUUAUUUGUGGUAGUUCGAAGAAAUCUAAAAUAAAGAAAAAUUAA